AUGAAUAACUACCCCAGCACGUCAAGCACAUAUGAAAUAUAUCAUCCCUGUACGACCUCGCGGACUCUGUCCGAGUUUCUCAUGCAGCUGGAGAGGUCAGUGGCGGGUUGCAGACAGCCCAUUAUUUUCGGACUUCGUUACUUCGACCACGAUUGGUACGUGAUUUCUGACGACGAUACUAUUUUUAUACAGGCUGUUCAUCUUCACAUAGUUGGUAAUCUACCCAAUUGUAAAAAUGCAUUUCAAUUUAUAUGUGAUGAAAAUGAUGAAAUAUACCCCAUAAAAAUCCCUAAUCAUCAUGUGUCUGUUUCUCCUGCAGUCUUAAUACGGAGCAGCUCUUGCUCUGAACCUGAAGCGAGUAAAUCGAGGACAUCGAGUUUUUUCAGAUCGCUGUCAUACAACCUCAACCUCGCAGCUGAUCACAAUGAAGAUUGUUCGAAGCAAAUGUUUGAGAUUCGAACAAAACUCUUCACUAAAAACCACGACCCUCUAUUACCUCAUAAUAUAAUCAUCGAUGAGGAAAUGUAUGAAAGUGAAACGUGUCUUCCAAUCCAUUACCACUGCUAUUGAACAAUAUA